UGAAGUUUUUUCAACAACAACAACAUGGAAGAAGGAACAGAUGAUCAAAAAAUGUCAGUUGAUCGAGAAGAAUUAAUCAGAUACUUGAAUGGUGAAAUAUCCUUCACUGAAUGGCAACAACUUCAAGGACAAGAUGUGAUGCAGCUCCUCAGUUCAGAGGAGCACUUGGGCGCCGAAGACGCACCCGUAGAAGGAGCCGAUAUGGAUGAGGAUGCAAGUGAUGAGAGCGAUGAAGAAGAAGAGGAACAUAAGGAUGCAGAGGAGGGAAGGGAGAAUCCAGAAGAAGAAAGAGGGGAAGAUGAUGAUGCAGAUAGCGACAGCGGAGAUGGGGAGGAAGAGGGGGAGGGGGAUCUUCGUGGUGACGACGAUGAAUAUGUGCCUCCGAGAAGACGACAGUCUGCUUAUAAGCCUACAGGGAAAAUUGGUCGGCCGAGAAAAACGCCGCCGGAACUGCUUACUCCAAAGAGAGGUAGAGGGCGCCCUCGCAAGGAUAGAAGUGACAUUUCCGGCCUCUCGUCAACAUCACAAGCAGACAACUCGCCCCUUUCUCACGAAAUGCGUCUCGGAAGGGCUGAAAAACGACAGUUGGCCAAGCGGGGCCGUAAGAAAGGUAACAGUCGAGUACCCAAGGGUCUGCAAGGGCUGAUGGGAGAAGCCCACUUGUGCUUCGCCCGUGGUGGGCACCAGGAGGCCAUCAAGAUGUGCCUAGAGAUCAUCAGACAGGUUCCCCGGUGCCCAGACCCUUACCAGCUUCUGAGUAUGAUUUACGAGGAUAAGCAAGACAUGGAGAAAUCACUUCAGUUUUCUCUGAUAGCAUGCCAUCUCAAUCCAAGUGACUCUGAAGAAUGGACUCGUUGUGCUGAGACGUGCCUAGAGCAGGAUGAUAUUGACAAAGCUCUCCAUUGUUAUUCCAAAGCGAUCCGGUACAAUCCUUGCGAUCUGAGUAACCAUAUGGAGAGAAUCCACCUGUAUGAGCAGCUACAGGACAAGAAGAAAGUGUUGGAUUGUUACCAGGUCUUACUGAAAGCUUUACCUGAAGACCAAGGGGAACAGUAUAUGCAGCUGGCCAAGGAUAUUGUCAAGGCUCAUCACCAAGAUGGAGAUAUAAAGCCGGCACUAGACAUCAUCGAGACGGCAUUCUCUAAAUACCCACAUCUCAUCAGGUCCGAAGAUGUGAACAUUUUAGCCGAGCUCCACAUAGUCAAUCGCAAGUAUCAGCAAGCUCUACAAGUCAUGUCAGACCACUGUGGGGUCAUGAUCAAGUCCAAAGAUGAUAACAGUGCUGUCCUCGAAAUGGAACAACUCUCAUUGUCCGAAAGAGAUAACGGACAGGACAUCAUGGAUGUAACGGUACCAGAGGGGUUGCCAAUAGACCUGAUAGCCAAGCUAGGAGUGUGCCUCAUUCACUGCAAACAGUUCCAAACUGUCAAGGGAGUGGUCGAGAUGUUGUCUGCUAAGAGUCCAAACGAGAUGGGAGAUUUGUAUCUGGAUGUUGCAGAGGCGUACAUAGAUCUGGGUCAUUUUGUAGACGCACUGUCGUUACUGGAAGUUCUAGUCGACACAGAGAACUACAACUUGGCCGCUGUAUGGCUUCGCUACGCUGAGUGCCUCACCUCCCUUGGGGAGUUGGGAUCAGCAGCCAACGCCUACCGCCAGGUCCUACUGAAGGUACCCAACCAUCUCGAUGCUAGAAUUGCUCUCGCAAUGGUGGAACGUAAACGAGGAAAUGAAGAUGUAGCGCUAGAGAUCCUAUCAGUAGUAUCAGAAGAUCACACUAGUGAUGUUCAAGUAGUGAGGCAGAGGUCGUUACUGUUGUACUCUAAGGGAUUUCUUAAAGAGUUCAUCCAAGAUGGUCUCCUCUUGCUGAGAGCUUACGUCAAAGACGCCUACCAGCAUCAUGGAGGAAGUGUCUCUGACAAUCAGCUGUGCGGUAACCUGAGUCAUUUAGACCACGACGAGUGGUAUACUCUCUACUGUAAGACACUCCGAGCUCUCCUUCAGACCGGUCAGCUUGCCGAGGCCCAGACUCUCUCCAAUUCCGCCAUUGUCUCCAAGAGGUUCUGCAUUACGCUCAAGAGAAAAUUGGAUGUAGAGUUUAUGGGAGUCUGCGUUUGUUUCCUGAACAAAAAUUACAAAGUGGCUUACGAUGAGAUUCGACACUUCUUAUACAAAUAUCCGAACUGUGCAGCUGCCUGGAAUUUCUUCUCAUACAUCACCAACCUCAGCAAUGAUACCCGCCAUCACCGAUUCUGCCUUCGCUUGACAAUCAAUAAAUUACAAAACAACUUUGCCCUGUGUAUACUGAACGGCCACAACGCCAUGGUCAGUGGUAGUUUCAAGAAUGCUGUUGGGGAGUACGUGCGAGGGUUUCGGCAAAGAGUAGACGACCCGUUUGUGAAUAUGAUGAUCGGCGUUUCCAUUGCACACAUGGCAUGCCAGCGAUACACCAUCAAGAGGAACUCUCUCUUUGUUCAGGCGUUUGCAUUUCUCAAGAGAUACGAGGAAUACAGAGGGGUCUGUCAAGAAACAUGCUACAACAUCGGCCGGGCCCUCCAUCAAAUAGGUUUGCUUCACAUGGCCACUCGUUACUACCACAAGGGGCUUGAGCUACCGCCCUCUACUGACGACCCAAGGUUUGACCUUCGAGCCGAGCUUGCUUUUAAUCUCUCUCUAAUCUAUCGACACAGCGGCAAUGAGGAAAUGGCCAUUGAACUAUUGAGCAAUACGGUUAUAUGAAAGACUACCCUCUAUUGGGGACUCGGGUUACCUUUAACCGAGUGUAUUAAGGGGUGUCGGUGAUAUGAAGAAAUGGGUAUGGUGUCAUUUUAAAGCGAGAUGACUGCUGCCCUCUGGUGUUGAAGCAUCAACGAAGGCCUGUUGCCCAUCACGGUUUUCACUGAACAAUAGAGGUGUGACAGUGAUAAAGGGUAUUGUUCUCAAAUUAUCUCCUGGUUUGUGCCACACAAGAACCAAGUUAUAUUGCUUUCCCAUGGUUACUACCACCAGGCCUGGAAAUAACCCACAGCAAUUGCUGUGAUGCCCUGUGCUUUUGCUGUUUUGCCAUUUGCAAUGUUACUAUACAGGUAAAAAAAUAAUUCUUAGAGGUGACCCUCACCAGAGGGAAAUUGCUGUGUACAACUGAGUGACAAGUGAGUCAGCCUUGCUACCAUGGGCAGCGCGCAGUAGCGUCGAAUCAACGACAAUUGACUCGCCAAUAGGUACUGCCUUGCACACUUGUUAAAAAGAUAUCACAACAUUUCAAAAACUAAUGUGAGGGAGCCAGUUUUUCUGUGACUUGAUGCCUCUUUUGAUUGAUUAUCGUGGACAAGAAUUCAAAAACCCACAUUUUUGUAAUGGGACAGAAUUGGACAGUUUUGGAAGUUGACAGGGUAUAUGAGUUGGAAGGGUAUAUAAGUUGGAAGGGUAUAUAAAGGACAUUGCCAUUUUACACCAUUUAAAGACACUGGACACUAUUGGUAAUCGUCAAAGACCAGUCUUUUCACUUGGUGUA